AAACGAUACCGUUUCGACGAAGUGUUACCGUAUCUCGCCGAUUAGUCUUGUUUAUGCCGGCUGCUAUGCAACAUAAUCGUGUCUGCGUUUUGUGUGUGUGUAUCUCUAAUGUCAUCUAACUGCAUUUUUGAACUCUGCAGAUACUUUAAUCACAGAUAACAAUAAUUAACGGUCGUAUCUAUCAUAAAAUAAAAUCCACUUUAAUUGUCGCUGACGCUUUGCAAGUGGAUUUUUUAAUAAUUAUUAUAAAUAAAUAAAUCGGUGGAAUUCGGAGAAUAAAUUAAAAAAAAAUAAAAACAAAACUGCUUCGGUUAACUGUUUUAUGUUUUCUGUUUAUAUUGUCCAAUUGGACUUUCGCAAACAAAACCAAAAGUAAACAAGUGAAUUUUUUUUGUUUGGAAAACAACCAAAUAAAGGUACGCGCAAAGAUACAAGCUCAAUGUAUCUAAGUGUAUCGUGAAUUCGUGAAGAGUGCGUGUGCAAUCAAACAGAUAUCUAAAAGGUACAAAAUAAAAAGAACUCUUUUCUGUGUUUUGUAUUUGUUUGUUCGUUUUGUUCUUCAUGUCUCUCCCUUUGCGCUUUGUUUCGGUAUCGAGUUUUGUUUUCUUUUUGUGAUCCCCUGUUUUUGUUCUGUUUUUUUUUUUUUUUUUUACUGCUGGUCUGGUCACUAACGUUAACGUUAACGUUAACGUCGUUGUCGUUGGAUUGGACGCUCUUACUGGACAUUUCCCUGAUUCGUGUUUUUACAGUUGAGUGCCCUUUUUCAAAAAAAAAAAAAAAAAAAUCCAAAACUAAUUCACGUGUGUGUGUUGAAUGUGUCUCGCUCUCGAUGAAAAACGAUGAAACCUGUCCCUCGAGUAAGUUGAAAGCAUCAAAUGCGAAGCAAGUGCAAAGCUAUAUAUUUUCAAAAACAACAACUACUAAAAAAGGGAAAAACUGAAUUAAAAAACAAAACAAAGUAAAAAACUGUUUCAUAGAAAAUAAACAAACAAAAUGCACAAAAAGCAAUAACAAAUAUCUACCUACCUAUGAUCCAAACUCGUAGUAUCCAAGCCAAUCCAUAAAAAAAUCAAAAAAGAAAAAAAAACUUGAAAAAAAACAUCCAAUAGAUACACCGGUAUCUGGAGCUUGCACUAAAAGUAUCUAUCUAUCUAUGAGAUAUUGUUUGAUGUUGUACCCACCAUCUAUUUGAUAAAUCUGAAUUUGAAGUGGAGGAAAAGUGUUUUUGUCUGAUGGUUGGUCUGAUGGUGUUUUAAUUUGAAUCUAUACUGAUUUUUUGUUUGCUACCAUUUGCCUUACCUUCCUUCCCCACAAAUGGUUUUUCUUCCUGUUCCUGUUUUGACCACCACCGCAACGUUACCGUCACCCUUAUCGUCGUUGUAGUGUUGUCGUCGCGGGUUUUGUCUGCAAUUUGAUUUCAGAACAAGUGAAUUUCAUUUCAAACUUUUAGGCGAACUUACAUUUUAAUAUAAAGAAAAAUAAAAACAAAAAUCUUCUGGUGAAAAAAUUCAAAAUCGAAACCAAAGUCUUUUAAAAAAAUAUAUAUAAAAAAUACCUACAUAAAAAAAAGUGUUGUAAAAAGUGAAUGUUUUAGUGAAUACAAAAAAAAUUAAAUUAAAAAAAAUUAAUUGUAGGUUUUAGUGUCAAAAAAAAAGAAAUAUAAAUAAAAGUGUAACUUAUAAUAAACAAAUUAAUAAAUCGCUUAAAAAAUCUUUAACAAAACAACAACUACAAUAAAAAAACAUAGUAAACUUAAAAAAAUUUAAAAUAAAUUGAUCAUUAUUGUAAAACAACAUUAAAAAUCAUUCAAUAUGGAUAUACUUCCGAGUGGAAACAUCUUUCGUGAAUUGCAGGAUAUUUGCAAUACUGGAUAUUUUUCAUCACAACCAUCGAUCGAGGAUCAAUGGCAACAGACUUGCUAUGAACUGGAACGAUACCUCCGGGAUGAACCCAAACUUCAGUCGUACAAGAAACUUCACACCGAAUUAGAUUCGGCAUGGGAGAUAUUUUCAACACCUGCACGCAUCCUUGAGAAAUUGAAAAUCAAGGAACAAAAUCUCGACUCGAUAUCGACGAGUUCCGAGUCGUCGGCGUGUUCGGGCAUAUCGUGGGACAGUUCACUAAGUUGUUCGGUGGUGGUGAAAAAAGAGAACAUCGAUGUGGACGAGGAUGAGGAUAAUAAUUCGGAUAGCUGUGAGGAGAAAAUGUCAACGUCGCCCUCUCAAAUGGAAAAGUCGAUAAAACUGCGUCUCAUAGCCACAGGUACGCAGAGUAUGAACACUUACAGUCCGCAAGCCAAUAACACCACCAGCAAUAGCAGUAAUAGUCAUCGAGAUUACCAUCUACCGACACUGACGCCACCCUCGUCGCCGGAAUCGAUACGAACCAACAGUAGCAGCAGUAAUAGCAGCAGCAGCCGCAUCAGCAGUUGUUAUACGCUAACGGCUGCGAGUCUAGCUGCCCUCAUUAACCGCCAACAGCAAUCGGGUGGCCUGAGAUUCUCGACGUCUUCAACGAAUACAGUUCCUGCUGGCAUCACUACUGUUCAUCACACUUCACCAUCGACAGGGGCAUCUGUGACAAGCGAACAACAUCCGGCGCACCAUCAGCAAACGCCUUCGCAAAAGCAGCAAGCUUCACAGACCCAGCAGCAGCAGCAACAACAACAACAACAACAACAGCAGCAACAACAACAACAACAGCAUCACAUUCCUCGAAGUGCCAUAGUGCGACUGACAACAACUACAACACCUGCGGCUCAUGGCAAGAAUGGCGUUAGUCUGGCCCGUGUGAUACAAGUAAGCCAACAAAAUCUCCAGCAACACGCUGCGAUCGCUCAACGUGGAACGACUGCACAAAAUCCACAAGUGACCGCAUUGACCACAAAACAUCACCAGCGACAACAUGAACAUUUACCAGACUCCAAGCGAAGGAUACACAAGUGUCAGUUUUUGGGAUGCAAAAAGGUCUACACCAAGAGUUCACACCUGAAAGCACAUCAAAGAACGCAUACGGGUGAAAAACCAUAUAAAUGUUCUUGGGAAGGAUGCGAAUGGCGUUUUGCACGUAGUGAUGAAUUAACGCGUCAUUUUCGAAAGCACACCGGCGCCAAACCCUUCAAAUGUCGUAAUUGCGAUCGUUGUUUCUCUCGAUCUGAUCAUUUGGCUUUGCAUAUGAAACGUCAUGUUUAAAUCGAGAUUUUACUUCCAUUUAAAAACAUAAAUCAAAAAAAUAAUACGUACACGCAUUUGUAACAAAAAGAAAAUUUAAACAAAAACUAAAGUGAAGUAUCUAAUUUUUUAUCGUGCCAUCACAGAUGAAGGAAAUGCAAAAAUGAGUAAAUAUAUUAAAAAGAAGAAAUAAUAAAAAGAAUUGUAAUGCAUAAUGCAUGAGUUUUUUGAAAACAAAGAAAAAUUUACAAAAUUCAAAGAAAAUUUUAAUAUUUUCAAUGAUUUUAUUUAUUAAUUUUUUUGUAUUCUUUAUUUGCAAACAAAUUAAAGUAGUCUUGUUUUAUUUUUAUCUUAAAAUCACUUACCAAAGUAGAGAAGAUACAAUUUUUUAACAACAAAUAAUGAUUAUAAAAAAAAGAA